CAUGCCACCAAUUAAUAUUAGAUGGCUCUGACAGCAAUAGCAAAUGGCUCUGGCAGCAGCAAUAACAGAGUAGAUGGAUUUGGUGGCAACAGAGCAGAUGCAUCCAACAGCAACAGAGCAGAUGCAUCCAACAGCAACAGAGCAGAUGGCUUCGGCAACAACAGAAGAGUGGAUUUAGCAGUAGGCUUCAGCAGUAGCAGCAGUAGAGCAGAUAGAUCCGGAAACAACAGAGUAGAUGGCUUCAGCAGCAGUAGAGGAGAUGGAUUCAACACAGCAAAGGAGAUGGAUUCGGCAGCAAGCUUUGGUAACAAUAGCAGCAAAGCAGAUGUCUUCAACAACAACAGCAACAUAGCAGAUGGAUCCGGCAACAGCAGAGUAGAUGGCUUCAGCAGUAGUAGAGGAGAUGGAUUCGACAGCAAGCUUCGACAGCAGAGGAAACUGAAGGUGAGAUGGAGGAAUGGGGAUCCCUGCAGGGCGAGGAAAAUUCCCUAUGAAAUUUUGCAAGGAGAAAAUGGUCCUCGUCCUCUCCCCACAGGGAGGAAUAUUCCUCCUUGCCCCAUCCCCAUGGCGGGGAUCCCCGCAGGCCCCUUGGGGAACGAGGAGAAUUGCCAUCCCUAUUUGGCACCUACCACUGCCUAGGAUUCUGCUUUUCAGACACAGACCAUAAAGCUAAAAUAAAAGCAUCCAAACUAC